CUUGCCUCCCACCGUCUAUGCUACGCCGCGCUUGGAAGCCGGCAUUGGCAGCCACGGUCCCAGCUCUCGGCGGCGCGUACUGGUAUUAUUCCCGUGAACCCAAGGAGGAGACGUUCGACCUUUCUGUGCCCGUCAAGAGAAACGGCAGACGUGAAAGAACGACGAUGACGUUCCCGCUUCUUUCUCAAGACGCAACGGACGCGCGUAUACGGGGGAAUGCGACAGCGCAUACUAUUACGAGGCCUGGGAUUGUGUGGCAUCAUACCACCGCUUCGGUCGCGUCGAACGACCCCAUCGAGGAUGCCACCGCGCAUCAGGUCGUGCGCCGGGAUGAGGGAGACGGGGACCUUCUAUUUUUUGCUGUUAUGGACGGACAUGGGGGGUUUUGGACAUCACAACUGCUCUCUCGCGUUCUCAUUGACGCUAUUGCGCUGGAGCUCUCCUCCCUCGGCAAGACUGUAUCAGACACUUGGUUCGGCGGCGUGAAAAGUCUGUGGCGUCGGCCACAGAAUAAACAGGAUGAGGAUAUCAAUCUGGACGCGUCUUCCAGGGGUCUUCCGCCACCUGCGACACCCAUGUCGUCGCCCCUCCUGGUCGCACGAGCACUACAAAAGUCAUUCCUGUCUCUCGAUGCCGAGCUUCUUGCUGCACCGGUACGCGUGCUGGCUGCGGCGUUAGCAGAAGACCCCGACGCGAAAAAGGGCAAUGCGAGUUUGAAAAUCCCGGACCUGAGCAAACACCCCCUCGCGCUGCCCGCGAUGCUCCCGUCGCUGUCCGGCAGCUGUGCGCUGCUGACGAUGAUCGACACAGCCCACAAUAAUAUGUACGUCGCCUCUGCCGGAGACUGCCGGGCUGUUGCUGGCGUCUGGGAGCCGGAGCAAGGUAAAUGGCGCGUUGAGGUUCUGACAGAAGACCAGACGGGACGGAAUCCAUCAGAGGCUGAACGAAUGCGCAGAGAGCAUCCUGCCGACGAGGCUGGUGAUGUCAUCCGCAACGGUCGUGUGCUCGGUGGAUUGGAACCAACUCGCGCAUUCGGUGACGCGCGAUACAAAUGGUCGCGGACGCUGCAGGCUACAUUAUAUCGCGCGUUCCUCGAGGGUGGAGAUCAGCAGGCACGAGGCCCACCUACGUUGCUCAAGACGCCGCCUUAUGUGACUGCACGACCCGUCGUCACGCACCGAGUCUUGAACUUGCCAAAAUCAGACGGAGCGGUCACCAACGCUCCGGCUCUGCGGUUUAUCGUACUUGCGACCGACGGACUCUGGGACGAAUUGAGCUCAGAAGAUGUCGUGCGCCUAGUCGGCGGUCACAUCGGCGGCCUGCGAGGGAAUGUCCCGAAAGACUCGCUCUCGAACCUCGUCCCGACCGUCGCCGGGUCUGGCACUGUGCAAGGCAAGGAUGCAGACCACCGCCGAGCGCGGACCUCGGAAGCGUGGACUUUCGUCGACGACAACGCCUCAGCGCAUUUGAUCCGCAAUGCAUUCGGUGGGGCCGAUGCGAGGUCGGUGCGCGAGGUGCUCAGCAUCCCGUCUGGCCUUGCGCGAAGUUUCAGAGAUGAUGUUUCGGUGACGGUAGUCUGGUGGGAACAGGAGAAUGAGAGUAAAUACCAGGUCGCUACUCUCACAGUUCCACCUCCGGACGUCAAGGCCAAGCUUUGAGUAUCGCGGAUGAUCGAUGAUCUGUGAAGUGGAUUAUAUAACACAAGUUGAGAGUACACUACACAAGCAUGUAAAUCAAUACAGACACCUUGUAAGCAAACGACAAUGUUCCCGUUUAAAACAUAUACAGACUUGCAAUACACGACAUGCGAUGGACGAAAACAUUUCAAACCGGACUAGGCUCUAUCUGAGACUCAAGCUCGGGGCGACACGACAGCAGCACCGUGACUGCGCAGCGCAUAGCGGGGCGUAGAAGACGGGACAGGUGACGACGGGGGCGACGUCAUCGGGGUCAAGGAAGAAAGGGAGGACAGCCGCGACAGCGUUCUUGUCAACGAGGCGACUGCGUUCGGGUUGUGCAAUGGGGUGUUCGUCCGAGGAGGCUCUUCCAGGGGCGGGGUGUUUCCUUCUUGGGUUACAGUCGGAAGCUCAUCGCUCCCGGGCGGAUCAGUGAGCGAGAGCAUCGUGCCAUUCGGGGUGAUGGGAGGAGUGGGCACGUAACUUUCGUAAUCGGAGGGAUUGUUUGGGGUGUGCGGGGGCUGGUGCUGGGAAGAGGGAUGCCCUUGCGAGUGCUCUUGCGACUGCGGGGGCGGAGUGCCUUGCGACUGGGGCCAUUGUUCCUGCGACAACGGCUGCGAGAACACAUCGCACGCCGCGCGCAGAUCAGCUUCUUCGCCUGCAGUGAUCGAGUUCCCGCGCAGCAUGGAGAAUAGCGAGGAGUGGGAUGGGAUCGAGAGCGACGUGUCCGUGCGUCGGAGCUUGUUCGGUCGCUCGCCCGUGACGGGAUGGCUGUCCGGCGGUCGUGUGCGAGCAACCCCCAUGAUAAACCCAUAUCCGUGAUCCAACACCUCCGUUCCAUCGGGUCGUAAACGCUUCAACGCUCUAGGAUUCCGCCUGCUCGGGUGUUUGAUCGACUUCAGUGGAACCAGAGGGUUGUUGUAUGCCCAAUCGCGGACUUUGAUUCCCAUCGCUUCAAGGUCUGCAGGCGUCGGCUGAAGAUCAUCUUGUACGCGACGGAUAGGCGAGGGAGAUAUGCGUCUCGCGGCGGGGGACGAUUGGAAUGUUUUGCUGGAGGAAGCCUCUGCUUCCGGUGGUGGGAACGCCAUGGCGAGAAGACGGACAAGUAAGAAAGAGAUCGUGAUGGCGCUCGUGAGUGGGAUAGUGAAGUGAAAUGAGACUAUCAGCCGCGGACUUGGACCUUCUUAUACCCUCGUCCACAAUUG